UUUCUUAAGAGGAGAAGGAUUAGAUUAAACAGAGAUUUUUUCGGAUAUUUAUUCUCUCAGACUUCUCUGUUUUUUUUUUCUUCUUUAAUUAAAUUGUUUCGUGUUUUUUGUUUCGAGUUUCUUCAUAAAGUUUUGAUUUUUGUCGGGCUUCGAUUUUCGGGGUCCGAGAGAUUCUUCUUCUUAUUCGCGAAAAUUUCCCCCGAGAAAACUCUUCUGGGUAAAACCAUGUCCGAUGGAUACUAUAGUUCUAAGAAGACAGACGAUAUCUGCGAUGAUGUUUGUGGACAGGAUGGUUCUCGAGCAUCCAAGGCCUUCUCAAGGGUUAGAUGUGUGCUACGAGGACUUGAUUUCAAGACAUAUAUCUUCCUCUUCACCAUUGUGCCUAUUUUCAUCUUUGGAGUCUAUUUGCAUGGUCAGAAGCUCACAUAUUUCUUGAGACCGCUUUGGGAAUCUCCACCCAAGCCGUUUCAAACGCUUCCUCAUUACUACCAUGAGAACGCCUCCAUGGCAACACUCUGCAGUCUUCACGGCUGGAAACACCGCGAAUCUCCCAGAAGGGUCUUUGAUGCUGUCUUGUUCAGCAAUGAAGUUGAUAUGCUUACUAUCCGGUGGAAAGAGCUUUAUCCUUACAUUACACAGUUUGUAAUUCUUGAAUCAAACUCGACUUUCACUGGUUUGCCUAAACCGUUAGUUUUCAAUGGGAAUCGGGGGAAGUUCGAGUUUGUUGAGCCGAGGCUGUCUUAUGGGAACAUUGCAGGAAGAUUCAAGAAAGGCGAAAACCCGUUUGUCGAAGAAGCUUACCAGAGGAUUGCAUUGGAUCAGCUGAUCAGACUCGCGGGUAUAGAAGAAGAUGAUCUGUUGAUAAUGUCUGAUGUUGAUGAGAUUCCUAGCGCUCAUACCAUCAAUCUGCUUAGAUGGUGCGACGGAUACCCUCCGAUUCUUCAUCUUCAGUUGAAAAACUACUUAUACUCAUUCGAGUAUUUCGUUGACAACAAAAGCUGGAGAGCUUCCAUUCAUCAAUACAAGCCCGGGAAGACCAGAUACGCUCAUUUCCGUCAAGGCAACACUCUUUUAGCAGAUUCGGGUUGGCAUUGCAGUUUCUGUUUCAGGCACAUCAGCGAGUUUAUAUUCAAGAUGAAAGCGUACAGUCACAAUGAUAGGGUCAGAUUCUCUCAUUAUCUAAAUCCAAAAAGAAUCCAAGAUGUGAUCUGUAAAGGAACUGAUCUGUUCGACAUGCUUCCAGAAGAGUAUACAUUCAGGGAAAUCAUCGGGAAACUAGGUCCAAUCCCGCGGUCUUAUUCCGCAGUUCAUCUCCCAGCUCAUCUGAUAGAAAAAGCUGAGAGUUACAAAUACUUGUUACCUGGGAACUGCAUAAGGGAAAGUGGCUGAUAAGGGUUUGUACUUAUCAGCCUUUGUAGUGUUAGGUAAUUUGGUUGGGGGAAAACGGCUUAUUAUCAGUAGAGGGAGUGUGAAACAGAGAAUGGUACAGUUUCUUGGGACUCGAGGAAGAGUGAUCUGAUAAGUGGAGUCUCUGGUUUCAGCAUUACCCCUCUUGAGGGUAUAUAACCUUAGCUUGCUUAUAAUCUCAUACUGACCCAUGUUCCCAUGUUGUUUUGGGAAGUUUUGCUGGAAUAGUCUCUUUCUGUCUCCUUCUUUCUCUUUCUCUUUUUACUUUCAAACUAUUUUCAUCAUACUCUCGCUUUUAGUCUGUACAAUUUAGUGAUUUCUUUACAUUAUUAUCCUCUGAGAUUCUUUGUAAUUUUUAUUUAUUUUAUUAUUCCGCUUUCUAAA